CUCGGGUUUAGAAAAGAGGAUACAUUUGAUCCCAGCUUGAGCCUGGUCCUGCCGCGGUGCAUUGUGGGUCGAUGGUUCGACCGCUGGCUGCUGAAGUCAAGAUGGCGGUAAACAUCAGAAAAAGGAUAGAACACGCCACAAAAAGGCCUUGAAUGAAGUUUUAAUUUAAUAUUUAACACCCAUCAGCUAGGACGGACUCACCGGUAUUUCGGGAAUAUACAUGCACCGACAGAAUAACAACCGCGGGAGAAAGUGUCGUAUGAAUCCCGACGAGAAGGAGGACCGUGAGUGUGCGCCACCGCAGGCCGAGAGCAGCCCCGCGGGAGGGUCCGACCGAGAACACGACGAGACUCAGGCAGAAAACCCCGAAGCAAGCCGAAUGAAGCGGGCGGCCGCCAAGCAUCUGAUAGAGCGCUACUACCACCAGUUGACCGAGGGCUGCGGCGAUGGCGGCUGCUCCAACGUGGGCUGCGCCUCGUCCCCCGGCUUCCUCCGCACCGACAACAAUGCGGCCGCAGUGCGCUCGCUGGAGCUCUACAAGGCGGGGGCACCACUCUGCGACCCCCACCCCUCUAAGAAGGGCACCACCUCGGCCCACGUAGAGAGCAGCGCACUGGCGGCUGCCGCCGCCGCUGCCGGGGGGGUUAGGGGAGGGGCGGAGGCGUGCGGGAACAGCCGUGUGAACCACAGGGAAGGCGGGCAUUUUGUGCGGGAGGACUUUAAAGACGUGAGCUUCCUGACGGAGGACAAGGUGUACGAGAUCCUGGCCCUGUGCGCUGCCAAGGACGACUACUCGCCUCUGAUCCGCGUGAUCGGGCGCGUCUUCUCCAGCGCGGAGGGGCUGGUGGCAUCGUUCCGCCGGACCACCCCCCCAACCAAGGAGGAGCUUAAGUCCCUCCAGGGCAAGGACGAGGACAAAGACGAGGAUGAAAAGGAGGUGGAGGACCAGAUGGAGGAGGACCCGCCCGCCUCCUCAUCGCUGUCGCACGUCGCCGGGGGUGAGGGAGGCGGGGGAGGACCCACGGGGGCCGACGAGCAGCCCUGGGCGGACGAGGUGUCGGUGGACGCGGAGGCGGUGCGGCGGGUCUAUGCGCGCCUGCUCUCCAACGAGCGGGUGGAGGCGGCCUUCCUCAACGCGCUGGUGUACCUCUCGCCCAACGUGGAGUGCGACCUGACCUACCACAACGUGUACUCGCGCGACCCCCACUACCUCAACCUCUUCGUGAUCGUCAUGGAGAACAGCAACCUGCACAGCCCAGAGUACCUGGAGAUCGCGCUGCCGCAGUUCUGCAAGGCCAUGAGCAAGCUGCCGCUGGCCGCCCUGGCCAAGCUUGCCCGGCUGUGGUCGCGGCAGGGUGCGGCAUCGUUGCGGCGCAUGCUGGAGACCUUUCAGCAGCUCAUCACCUACAAGGUGAUCAGCCAUGAGUUUGGCGGACGUAACCUGGUGAACGACGACGAGGCGGUGGUGGGCGCCACGCGCUGCCUGAAGAUCCUCUACUACGCCGACGUCCUGGGCGGGGAGGUCGACACAGGCCACAAUGAGGAGCCGGACGACGAGCCCGUCCCCGAGUCCAGCGAGCUGACCCUCCACGAGCUGCUGGGGGAGGAGCGGCGCAACAAGAAGGGCCCCCGGGUCGACCCCCUCGAGACAGAGCUGGGGGUCCGGGCCAGCGACUGCCGCCGACCCUUGGUCCCCUUCGAGGAGUUUGUGAACGAGCCGCUGAACGAAGUGCUGGAGAUGGACAAGGACUACACCUUCUUCAAGGUGGAAACGGAGAAUAAGUUCUCGUUCAUGACCUGCCCCUUCAUCCUCAACGCUGUGACGAAGAACCUGGGCCUGUACUACGACAACCGCAUCCGUAUGUACAGCGAGCGACGCAUCACGGUGCUGUACAGCCUGGUGCAGGGUCAGCAGCUGAACCCCUACCUGAGGCUCAAGGUGCGGCGCGACCACAUCAUCGAUGACGCGCUCGUACGGCUGGAGAUGAUCGCCAUGGAGAACCCGGCCGACCUGAAGAAGCAGCUAUACGUGGAGUUCGAGGGCGAGCAGGGCGUCGACGAGGGGGGCGUUUCAAAAGAGUUCUUCCAGCUGGUGGUGGAGGAGAUCUUCAACGUCGACAUAGGCAUGUUCACCUACGACGAGACCACCAAGCUGUUCUGGUUUAACCCAUCAUCGCUGGAGAACGAGGGGCAGUACACUCUGAUCGGCAUCGUGCUGGGCCUGGCCAUCUACAACAACUGCAUACUGGACGUCCAUUUCCCCAUGGUGGUCUACCGCAAGCUCAUGGGCAAGAAGGGGACGCUCAGAGACCUGGCCGACUCCAACCCGGUGCUGUUCCAGAGCCUGACAGAGCUGCUCUCCUACGAGGGCAGUGUGGAGGAGGACAUGAUGAUCACCUUCCAGAUCUCCCAGACUGACCUGUUCGGGAACCCCCUGAUGCACGACCUGCGGGAGAACGGGGACCAGAUCCCCGUCACCAACGACAACCGGAAGGAGUUCGUGGCCCAGUACGCGGACUACGUGCUGAACAGGACGGUGGAGAAGCAGUUCAAGGCCUUCAGACGAGGCUUCCACAUGGUCACCAACGAGUCUCCGCUCAAGUACCUGUUCAGACCGGAGGAGAUAGAGCUGCUCAUCUGUGGGAGUCGGAAUCUAGACUUCUUGGCUCUGGAGGAGACGACAGAAUACGACGGCGGCUACAACAGAGACUCCCGGAUCAUCAAGGAGUUCUGGGAGACCCUGCACUCGUUCGGAGACGACCAGAAGCGUCUCUUCCUGCAGUUCACCACGGGGACGGACCGCGCCCCCGUGGGCGGCCUGGGGAAGCUCAAGAUGAUCAUCGCCAAGAACGGCCCCGACACCGAGAGGUUGCCCACCUCCCACACCUGCUUCAACGUGCUCCUGCUCCCGGAGUACGGCACAGUGGAGAAGCUGAGGGAGCGGCUGCUGAAGGCCAUCACCUACGCCAAGGGCUUUGGCAUGCUCUGAGAGGCCCUCCCCCGACCCCUGUCCCCACCUUUACCCAGCCCUCAAACCCUGUGACCCCGCCCAUCUCCACCCCCCACCUCAUCACACACACCGCAGUCCUGACCGCCGAUAAAAACACACAAAAAAACACAAAAAAAUAUGAAACGAGGACAUGAAAAAGGGGAUUUAACCACAGAACCGUGCGCUGUCGGGGGGGAAGGGGGGGGGGGGCUAUGGGGGGGCAGGGCCAUGUGGCUGGCCAACCACGGCUCAACAAACCCAGUAGUCCCGCUAGUCGUUGCUACUACUGCUACAACGAUUAUUACUACUACUACUUCUACUACUAGCCCCGCCCAAUUCCCUAAGCCACGCCCCCGCCCCCCCCCUCCGAUGUGAACCCCCCACCACAUACAUACUUACUUGAAUGUGCUACGGCAACCAUGGCAACCACGGCCCUCCCAAAAAAACAACCCAGGCUUACCCCCCUUCUUCUUUCCUUUCAUUUUUUUUCUACGUCCACAGAGGAUUUCACUUUUUUUUCGUAGUAUUUAUUUGGAAAAAAGAUAUCGGGUUUUCGCAUUUUUUUCAUUCUUUUGUUUUCUUUCAUGGUGACCUUUAACCCCCAACCCCGGGGGUGUGGUGUAUGUGUUCGGCACGGUCGGCAUGGAAAUGGUGCAGACUGCGGACAACGCAUCGGAAAUGGAACACCGGUCAAUGACGGAAAAUUGAGCUAAAUCCCGACCGAUAAAAAGCGGCCGAAGUCUGAAAAACGACCAAACAAUCCGACUUCGUAGGUCUUUCCUCGCUUUGUACAAAGAUCAGUCCGAAAUAAAUGUUUUGGUUUUCCUGUACCCCCCCCCACCCCCCGACCCACCCAAGCCUCUCCUACUAUAGCAUGUGGAACGCACCAUUUUAACUAACAACGUCGACCCCACCCCCCCCCUCUCUAUUUGGACCGGUCCGCGGAGAGACUUAAGUCAGAGCGGUGUAAGUGCACUUAGACAUUUUCAGAAUGUUUCCUUUGUCCGAUAUUUUUUUUUUUUUGCAUACGAUUUAUUGUUUUGUUCUUGCCGCACAUUGUGUCCUAUUUCGAAAAACACGUUUUAUUUCCAUGUCUUCCUGUGACGACGAUUCUCAAUAAAACGAAACCAAGAACACGACAGUAUUGUGUACGCUGAGGGGACCCUCUCUCUCUCACCCCCCCCCCCUCUCGCUCUCUCUCACUCACUCCCUCUCUCUCACUCUCUCUCUCACUGUCGCUCUCUAUCUCUCUCUCAGCCUCUCUCUGGGCGAGCCAGACGUAGUGUGUGCUGGUACAAGGCAAACCCCCCCCCCCCCUCCCCUGGACCCUCGUUUACGAAUAGACGGAUCUGGGCGAGCGAGAUCCAAGUGAAACACCCGCACCAGGGACUCAAACCCACCACCGCUCCGAUAUAGGAUCUUCGGAUAACAUCCCAGCAUUCGGAACCCCCCUUUGCAGAUUUGUGAAAAAAGUUUUAUUUUAUUUAGCAUUAAUGAUUAUUACGAUGACAUAAUUUGUGUCUUUAUUUGGGUUUUCUUCUGUCACAUUUUCUUUUUUUAUCGGAACAAACGAUUAGAAACGCUAGUUCGGGGGUUUUCGAGUCUUCGCUCAUCUUCGCAAGUUCACCUUUGACCUGUCCUCCAUUAGGUCUCCCGGGCCCCUCCUCCAAUCACACAGACCCCCCCCAGGGGGUGGGAGGGGGGGACACCUGAGACCCCAUGGGGGACAGGUCAAAGGUGAACUUGAGAAGAUGAGCGAAGACUCGAAAACCCCAGACACAAAUUAUGUCAUCAUACAAAAUAAAAUAAAACUUUGUUCACAAAUCUGCAAGGGCGUGGGGGGCUGGGGUGGGUGGGGGGGGGGGGGUUCCGGAUGCUGGGAAGUUGUGAGGUUUGGUUGAGGGUUGGUGGUUUCAACUUCUUAGUGCCUUGCUCAAAGGCACUUUAAUGGCAGUUAAAUAAAUAGGGUUUAGUGGAGGGGAUCACUCGCCUGCUGCUCUACGCUUCCUUCCCUGCUCGACCGACGUUCAAACACACCGCUUCGUCGUCACAGCAAUCACUACCCCGCCCUUCCAACCCCCCUUAUCCAGGCGGGCAAGGAAUGUGGGAGGGGGGUGGGUACCGGACUGGCUUGGACCGUAUCCCAGCAUGCAUCACGGUUAGUGUCGUGGACCAUACCCCCUGUCAAAGCACCCCCUUUGUGGAGAAGAGGCGAAAGUUUAAAGUUCGGCGGGAGAAUUUGUUUGAGGCUACCUCGGUUAGCUUCCGUUAUGCCACUCAGAGGAGGGCCCACUGGCACAAUAACAUAAACCUGGGCCGUCCUCGCUCUUCUGUUGCUCUUGUUCCACCAUCUUCUUUAGUUUUUCCAUCGGAAAAUCCCUGGGCGGCGAGAAACCGAUCUUUUCGACAAAUUUUGUGUUUUCUUUGAGGGUUGUUUGGUUCGUUCUUUUACCUGCUUGAGAUCUAGCCUGUUUGCUUGCCGGUGACGAUCCAAGUGCCAUAAAUGAGGGUAGCAAGGAAUCUUUUUAUUGUUAAUAUAAUUUAAUAAUAAUUUCUUUUUUUUUUCUUUUUCGGCGGCCAUCUUUGUUGUCCCGGCGCCAUGAAAACGGGAAACUUUGUGUUGUUUAACAAAAAUAAACACACAAUUAUACGAGAUGACUCAGAAAACGUCAGUUGGGAAGCCGCCAUCAGUUGCUCUGCGUUUCCAUUUGUUGCCCUGUUUUGUUUUUUUUCUGCACCGUUGAAUCUGCUGCUCACACGGACAUCGUACGCUUAGGACUCUAGCGCCGGAUAAAAAUGAAACGAUGGCGAGGCAUCGGAGAGCCCCCUCGCCCGUAGACGGCUUUGAAUCGACGGUAACACUUUAAGGGAUGAGAUGAUUUAAAGACUAAAGGCUAUGAAGUGAUGAGUGUUGUGUAAACAUGCUAAAUAAAAGUGACAGCUUUUUUUUACAGUU